AUGCUCAGAAUCACCAAGCUUCCUGUGAAGAACACUUUGAAACGCAUCCAUCCACUCGGAGGAACAUCAAGUAAGAGAUGAGUGUGUCAGUACUAGUGGAGUGGAGGUCAUCAUCUCAUUUUGCUUGCAAUGAACUGUUAACUCAAAGUCUCUCUCUCUCUCUCUCUCUCUCUCUCUCUCUCUCUCUCUCUCUCUCUCUCUGAUGAUUACGCAGGAGCAAUGACGAUAUCAGUCAGGAACAGGCACGAAGAUGAUGGCGGCAUGAGUGAGCGGCCUGUGGUGAACGAAAAUGCAGAGCCGGUCGUGGCAUUUGCCAGACCGCCAUCGGUGCCCCCUUUUGUUGGGUCACUGGUCCUUCUCACUUUGCUGGAGAUGGGAUCAGAUGAUGAAUGA